AUGGACGGCAUCAACGGAAUAGAUGACUCGCUACGCAAGAAGAAAAGCCGAAUGGCUUCGUGGAAGCAAUAUCUCUCAGAAGAAGCGGAUGAAAGUUGGGGUGAUUUGAUUUUGAUAGUGGCAUGCUUCAUUUCAGGGCUAGUCGAUAGUGCCGUGUUCAAUGUCUGGAGCUGCUUCGUGAGCAUGCAAACGGGCAAUACCGUUUAUGCCGGUCUGGGAAUGUCAGGUCAGCCACUUAGUCAACCAUAUCGAUGGGUCAAAUCAGGCACGGCCAUCCUCAGUUUCUGUUUGGGCACCUAUUUCUUCAGUCGAGUUUGUCGCUACCUCGGACCUCUUCGCCGCGGCACUUUGAGCGGUUCAUUCAUCUUUCAAGCCAUACUCUGCUUCAUCAGCUGCGUUCUCGUGGUCAGUGACGUAGUUCCCAAAGGUGCUGGGAACCAACUGCCAAAGAAUUACAUCGUGUUGCUUCCAUUGGGACUGCUCUCAUUUCAAUCGGCCGGUCAAAUUGUGAUGAGCAGGAUGUUGGCAUAUAACGAAUUGCCUACAGUUGUACUCACGAGCACGUAUUGCGAUCUCAUGUUCGACCCCGUCUUGUUCACGGCACCAAUCACUCAGAACCCUAAACGAAAUCGCAGAUUCAUCUCCGCCAUUGCCCUUUUCCUCGGGGCGGUACUUGGGGGAUUCUUGACGCGAGACGGCGGUAUUGCAUGGCCACUAUGGAUUGCGGGAAUCACAAAAGUUGUGCUCGCUAUCGUGUGGCUCUUCUGGGGAGCGAAGGGCACGAUUCGGCUGGAAUAG